AUGGCAUCUACGGAUAAGCAGAAGCAGAAGCCUGAAACUCCUCACGAAUUGGUGGCAAUCAGCUUGACUGAUCGUAUUUGCAAUGAUGGGCGUUCGGCAAAUUUUAUUUGGGAAGAGUGGGAUCAAGCCCGAGAAGCCGUCUCAAGGUAUAUUGUGGUCUACAGAAAGUUGAAUGAAAUCCCGAUAAUUUGGGAUUUGAUGUUCAUGUUAGCCGGUGCGCAUCCUUGUCUCUGGUAUUGUUUCCCAAUUUUAAAAGCAUACGUUGCUGCAGUUAUGAUACAAUUUGAGAAUAUUUCGGACCCGAAAUCUCAUCCAGUCAAGGAGCUUACUAAUAUGCUUGAAAAAUGGUUUCUACUCGUCAGUAAGGGACGAAUGCUGCCUCAACAGAUGGUACCGUUCUUUGAAGCUAUCGUCAGGGUGAGCUGUCGAGAAGGAUUCAUGCUCCUUCUGGAUAUAUGGCAGUAUUUUCAGGUUUACCUUUCCUCCUCAAUAAGUCAAUUUUUUAUGCGUUUUUUGCAGCUAUGCAGUGCGGAAAACGCAUACUGACG